AUGGCCCCCGAUCUCAGUGGUCUGGAUUCCACUCCCCGUCGACCCCGCGCCGCGACUUCAGUGCUACCGGCCAUGGUGACGCCCUCCUAUGCGGCUCGGCAGGGCCCAAAUGCCACCAGUCCUAUCCAGCACUCUGGGAGCCCGCCGCUGGGAUCUAGCGAGUAUGGUAUCACUAGUACAGCUCAAGGGCCACUACGGCAUCCCAAACCCCUCACCCCAUCGGAUCUCCAUAUGGUAUUGGAGAAGGAGCAGGAGGCGAUGGUGAAUCGGUUGACCCGCGAACUUUCCCUCCUUCGAAAACAGACCACAUCCACAGCAUCGACAGCUUCCUCCACCUCCAAUUUCAAUGAUUCGACGGAUGGACUCUACACAUCGCCAAAUCUGGGAAGCUCGACUCGCUCGCAAUCUUCUCGUCGACAGCGAUCUUCAUCUAGUCUCAGCGCCCACACUCCGUCAGCCCAAGCUCCUCGAACUGGAAGCGUGACGGGAAUUGCUCCCUCUCGCGAAACUGGCAUGUCCCGACCUGUUCGCAGCCGUGAGGCAUCUCUAACAUCUCGGCGACCGUCAGUCGGGUCCUUAUCGUCGUCUUAUGCGCAAUACCCCCAUGGCGAAACCUACGGCGGUAGCCCAACCAUCUAUCCCCACCGGAACUCGGUGUCGCAAACUCAGCUUGGACACUCCGGUACACCCAUGUCGCGAUGCGAGGAGGCUGCUUUCCAUAAGUCGGAAUUUGAUAUCGUUAAACGAGAGAAUGAGAUGCUCCGGAGACGGGUGCGGGAGCUGGAGAGUACAUUGAAAAGACUGAAGGAAGGACAUUCUGAGGGACCGACUGGAACGGACUUGGAGAUUUAG